AUGGCCGACACGGGUAUGCCAAUUGGUGGCUUCAUCCUCACCCCCGAGUUGAUCCAGCGCGUCCGCGAUGGCUCACUGACCGGCGUUGUCCUCUCCUUCUUCCUCUGCCUGCUCGUCUGUCUCGCCUCGAUAUGGAUCUACUGCGUCCCGUCGGCUCGACAUCAUCUCGACCGCGUGUCCUUCCGAUUACUCCUGUGGAGCAUGGGGAUGGAGUUGGUGUAUAAUGUCACAUUUAUUGUACUCACCCGGGAUGGCGAUUUGACUUAUGAUCGGACGGCUUGUAGUGCGGGCGUGUACUUUCUUCUCGCGACGUUGGGAUUCUGUAAUUGGAUCUGCACAUGUAUAGGUAUCAACCUCAUGCUGGCCAUAUCAUUCGGCAUCAAUCCCAUCCAAGCGCGCUUGGAACGAUGGUACAUUCUCGGCUCGGUCAUAUUGGGCUUUGGCGUCCCGCUCGUUCCCGCCGCGCUGGGCCAUUUCGGCUUGGACCCAAUAUACAAUGUUUGCUACUUCACGCAGGCUGAUAAGGUGCUCAGAAUCAGAGACUUUGUGCUGGACCUUUACUUUUGGCAAUUGCUAUCGUGCCUCGUAGCCGCUGUCUCCGUAUCUACUGUCCUCGUCACACUCUAUCGGCAAUCCCGAGCGACGGAACGCGCUCUCUUGCGGAACAACCUCCACAUCACCUCUUCCGAGCUGCGAGAAAUCACCACUGCCACCGGUACCGGAACAACCACCUUCCCUUCCACGCCGUCCGGCGUCUCACCGUCGCCCACAUCCGCACCCAGCGCCAAGGGGAAGUGGUAUUCCCGCUUCCUGCCCAACAGGGAGAGGCUGCCUAAAUCCCGCAUGCACCGGCUGGAAGAUAAGCUCGCUAUCAUCGCCCUCAAGAUAUCGCUUUACCCCCUCGCCCUCAUCUUUGUCAAUGUGAUCAUCACCGCCGAGGAUCUCAGUUACAGUACCCGCGGAGGACUUUUCACGGAGGGGCAGUACGCGGUUUAUUGGCUGCAUAACUUUCUAUACGGCGGAAGAGGGAUCUUCUUUGCUCUGCUUGGGAUCUUUGUGGACCCCUGCCUCCGCCUAGGCUUCCCCGCUGCCGUCCGUGCAACCUUCCGGCCCCGGCGGCGAUACGCCCGACACGCAGGCGAUCAGGAGCAGGGACAGACGGACUGGGACGAUACUCAAUCGAUCACGGACUUUUUGGCGAGCACGAGUCCCGAGUUUGGCGUUGGCAUUGACGAGGGGAAGGGAACAUUCUCCAGCAGUCCGGGAUGGUCCCUCUUCUCCCGGCGGGGCAGGCGGGAGUCGGAACGAACCGUGGGAAUGGGAAGGCAGCUGGAUCUGGAAGAGGCGAAUGAGAAGGCGGGAUUGGGCGGAGAGAUGGAUAGUCUGGAUGAGCGGAAGGGCGUGCAGACCACCGAAUCUCCAUCUACGGGAAUCGUCCUUCCGGAACUAUCACUUGGCGCUGCGGACACGACCAUUCCCCGACUAUCUGUAACGAUCGACUCGCCCUCCCCUCCCCAGCUCCCGGUCCGAUUCUCCCAUUCCAUAUCCCGCCCAUCACGCUCGUCUAUACCCCCUCGCUCGCCUGUAUUCGACAGUACAAAUCCGGACUGGAUCGAACCAUUAGCGACGGCGGUACUGGCCCGUUCGACGUCGGCGCAGUCUGUGACUCGGCGGAGCUCGGUUCCGACACUCGGAGUGGCGGAGAGAAGAAGAAGGGAGUUACAAGUCGCGGCGGAAGAGUUGUAUGCUCAGGCUCAAAUGAGGUUGUAG